AAUCUGAGACUACCUCAGUGAGUAUUGACCAAUCACUGCAUCACCAUUCACCACCGAUUCACCGAAGAGCAAAUUUUUGAAAAGAAAAAGGUUGCCUUUGACUUAUGACCAGAAGCAGAAGCUUCGGAAACGCCACCGCUUUCAAGCCCUAACCUUUCUCUCUCGCGCUUCGAUCAUCUACUGAUCCAACUUCAUGUUCCCCCAAAUUUGUUGAUUUCUGAAGCUUCAUUGGCUGGGAAUUUAAUUUUGUGUUGUAUAGGCAGAGGUUUUGCUGUAAGUGGUUGACUUUGGAUAUGGAGACAAUGAUGAGCUAGGGUUGAAAAAGAGAGGCUAUGGAAUCGUUAGAAUUUAUGGUCUUUUAACUGUUUGGUUUGUCAGUGGAAGCAAAAUUCUGGAGGCAAAAUGCAGGGAGCUCGGCAUUGUCCCCGGAUCAACACUGUCGAGCUGAAGCUUCAGAUUGGAAGGAAGAUUGGUAAAGAGAAAGCGCGGAUGUACUUUAGCCUGUUGUCGAGAUUUAUUCGAUUAAAGGUUAACAAAGUGGAAUUUGAUAAGGUGUGUAUUAGUAUGCUGGGGAGAGAGAACAUCUGCCUUCAUAAUGCACUCAUUCAAGGGAUGAUAAAAAACGCUAGUUUUGCUGACACUCCCCCGACGAAAGACCACAAAAUGCUAGCUUCUUUGAAUGUGAAAGUGCCGAAUGGGUGUCAAAGCAGCAGUCUUCAGCCACUGUGCAGGGAUGUGGUUCCUCUGUCUCCUAGAAAAGGGAGGACUCCUACCCUCCGUGAUCACAGACCGAGCCCUUUGGGGCCUCAUGUUAAGACGACUCAUACUGCUAUCUGUGAAGAUUCUGCUCCAAAAGUUCAAGAGCUGCAAAGUGCUACCGAGCUGUUAUCCUUGGGUAGCAGGCAUCCUGUUGAAGUUGUGACUUCUGUCGAAGAUGGAGAAGAGGUUGAACAGGCUGGCAGUCCGGGGAUUUACAGUAAAAGCCCCCUCACAGCUCCCUUUGGUGUCUCGAUGAUUGCAAGGGCGAAGAAGAAGGUAUUACUUCAUGGAUUAGCUUCUUCCCCUUACAGAGAGACCUGCCACAGCACCCGAGAGUUGCCAGAUAUCAGCUCCCUCAUGAAAAGGCUGGAACAGAAGUUGGAAGCCGAGGGCUUGAAGAUCUCAUCUGAUUGUGUUAACUUGAUAAACAACGGGCUCGAUGGUUACCUGAAGAGAUUGAUAAAACCUUGCAUGGCUUUAGCUGCUUCAAAGUCACGGGACAAGGUUGUCCAGCAGCAUUCUGUACCUACUUUAAAUGGGAUAAGAACCGUCAGAUAUCUUCAAAAGAUGAGGGGAUCUCCUUCCAUUUCAAUGGAGGACUUCCGUGUGGCAAUGGAGUUAAAUCCUCGUAUACUUGGAGAAGAUUGGCCAAUACAACUUGAGAAGGUUAGCCAAUCUAACAGUGUCACAGAAACAGGCAGUUAACCAAGCAAAUAGGAAGGCAUAUACGUGGUUCCAAACCACCAUGAAAAGUUUUGGAUCGAAGCUUUUAGGUUGUAUAUACAUCUCAAAGCUGAUUAUAUCAUUGGGGAUUCACCUCAUAAAGUAUGGAGAUCUUAUACCUAUAAGAUUAUUUUAGCUGUUACAAAUUGUUCUCGGUGGGCUUCUUUAGCCAAUAUCGUCUUGUUGUUGAUCUUCAUUGUCUGUGAAGAAUAAAACUCAAUAUUUACAUAUACAGAUUACAGACUAUACUGCAUUUGUUUCUCUUGUCUGUUCCCUUGACUUUAUUCUCAGAAGAGAACAAUAGCUAUUUUAUCAGUGUGGUGGACAAGAAAAAUGUGUUCUUUUUAUCCUAUUA